UAAAACCCAGCGAGCCCACGCCUCGAAAAGCGGCUUGUUCCGGCUUUGCCCCUGUGCAUCUAUUUUAUCCUUUCUCAUCACAUCAAAAAUAGUGCCCCUCCGACAGUUACGCACCAUCAUCUAUCAGUAUUGGGAGCACAAACAAGCGUCUGUUCCCCGAGGCGCAGGGAUGGAAUGAUGCGUAACGACGCAGCAGCGAACCAGUGCGGCCCGAUGCUGCUGCUGGUGGAGCGUCUGAAACGCAGCUCUGGCUCCAUCAUCACAGGCGGAGCGAUACCAUCCUCUCCUCUCAGCGUUGGUUUGUGAAGCAGAGUGUGGAUCCUAGUACCUGUCACGCACAGAGACAAACACGGAGCAGAUUGGACGCCUGCGUGGAGGAGACGCGCUGAUAUGGUUGCAAAAUAAGGAGGCAUCCAUUUGCUGCAGCUGUUUUUUGUUUGUUUUUUUUGCAACUGAUGAAGAUCUUUGAUGUAUGUGGUUGUCCAGGAAAUGUUUACUCUGAUGCAUUGGUUUGAGUGAGCGUCCUCGUUGGCUCUAUCAAAAGGCUACUCUGGCCGGGGCUCGUGACAUGCGCUCUUCCUGAGCCGGGUGAGGUCUCCCUCAGCAGCACGGCGGCAGCAUGCCGGUGCAGGCAGCCCAGUGGACAGAGUUCCUGUCCUGUCCCAUCUGCUACAAUGAGUUCGACAGCAGUGGCCACCAGCCGAUCAGCCUGGGCUGCUCCCACACUGUGUGCAAGACGUGCUUGCACAAGCUGCACCGCAAGGCCUGCCCCUUCGAUCAGACCCCCAUCAGCACAGACAUCGACCUGCUGCCGGUCAACUGCGCCCUGCUGCAGCUGGUUGGAGCAGAGGUCCCAGAAGUUCAGCCUGUGAGCCUAAGCAGUGCAGCUGAUGUUGAGCACUAUGAGAUCUGCCGAUUGUGUGUAGAAGAGCUGGCUCUCUACUUGAAACCGAUCAGUGGUGCCAAAGGUGUGGCUAACCUGAGUUCGAGCGUGCUCAGCAGACCCAUGCAGAGGAAGCUGGUGACCCUGGUGAACUGCCAGCUGGUGGAAGAGGAGGGUCGUGUCCGCGUGGUUCGGGCUGCCCGCUCUCUGGGGGAACGGACUGUAACUGAGCUCAUCCUGCAGCACCAGAACCCCCAGCAGCUCUCUGCCAAUCUCUGGGCAGCAGUGAGGGCACGUGGCUGUCAGUUUCUGGGUCCCGCGAUGCAAGAAGAUGCGCUGAAGCUGGUUUUACUGGCUCUGGAGGACGGUUCUGCUCUCUCCAGGAAGGUGCUGGUUUUGUUUGUGGUCCAGAAGCUGGAGGCCCGGUUCCCCCAGGCGUCCAAAACAAGCAUUGGCCAUGUGGUGCAACUACUCUACAGGGCCUCCUGUUUUAAGGUGACUAAGCGUGAUGAGGACUCCUCCCUGAUGCAGCUGAAGGAGGAGUUUCGGACGUAUGAGGCGCUUCGGAGAGAACAUGAUGCUCAGAUUGUCCACAUUGCCAUGGAGGCUGGCCUUCGAAUCUCUCCUGAGCAGUGGUCCUCUCUCUUAUAUGGAGACCUGGUUCACAAAUCACACAUGCAGUCCAUAAUUGACAAGUUGCAGUCUCCAGAAUCAUUUGCAAAGAGCGUCCAGGAACUGACGAUUGUUCUCCAGAGGACAGGAGACCCUUCCAACCUAACCAGUCUUAGACCACACCUGGAGCUCCUGGCCAACAUAGAUCACAACCCUGAUGCCCCAGCUCCAUCAUGGGCAGAGCUGGAAAGUGUGAUGCUGGCUGUAAAGUUUGUGGUUCACGGUCUGGUGGAGUUCGUCCAGAACUUUAGCAAGAAGAGCCAUGAAACUCCACAGCCCCAAGCCAACAGUAAAUAUAAGACGAGCAUGUGCAGAGACCUUCGUCAACAGGGAGGAUGCCCCAGAGGAACCAGCUGCACAUUUGCACACACCCAGGAUGAACUAGAGAAAUUCAGGCUGAGGAACAAGAAGAGCGGCAGUGUGGUUCGCCAAUUUCCUCUGGCCAAUAAAGGCAUCAAAGAUACAGAGGAAAACAUGGGUUCUACAACAGAAGUAGGUUCCAGCCUGACAAACCCGCUGCUGAUCUCCAGAGGGUCUGGAGGUGUGGAAGAACUGAAAAGGGUUGUUACGAAUGGAACCAAUGGGACUAACGGCCCUACCAGAACCCCAUCGGGGUCAACAGAGCUGAAGUCCCUGUCUCCCCCCAGAACUCCAGUCAGCCUCUCGUCAGCUUCGUCUCCAUUGAGCACUCCUGGUGGUGCUGAUGUCAGUACUCCUCUGCCUCGACAUGGCCAAUUCAUCCUCUCCUCACCUCACCCCUCUCAGGGGUCAGAGAUGUACUAUCAGGAGCCCCACCCUGGUUACGACAAGGCACACUUUCAGCAAAGCUCAGGUUCAUUCUAUCCAUCUACUCUUCACCCUCCACACAAAACAUGCAUGGCUCGCUUCCUCCGGUCCUCUAACGUCCAGGAAUCGGCCCUGCCUCCUUCUGCGGGUGUUUCCUCGUACCCAAAUGACCAUCAGCCACCUCACCCAGCCUCAUCCCCUUCUUCAGGAUUUCCUCCUAGAGAUCAAAUGGGAGCCCCCACCUUCCAUCACCAUCCAGGACAGGGACAGUAUGGACAUUUGGGACCUUCUCACAGUGUUUAUGCUCCUCUCUAUGACAGCAGGAGACUAUGGAGACCUCAGCUGUACCACAGAGAGGAUGCCAGGAGUAACUCACUGCCUCCGGAGGUUCUGCACUCCUCAGUCUACCAGCCUCCACUCAGGGAGAGAUUCAACUCUCUAGACAGCAACUACUGCUCUGGAGCGGAGCAUCGCACCGGGCUGCACAGGGACUAUGGGCGCGUUCCUCUGGGAUAUGAGGAUCUGUUCAGACGGAAGCAGGAACACUGGACUCACAUUCACCACCAUCACAGACCCUCCCAAUCUUCCCCCAUCUUCACUGCUGAGUUUGGGCCAGAGCAUAUGGAAAACGGUGGAGGUCAGUGCAUGGGAUGUAGGUUCAGGGGUGAGGAAAGUUUGGCACGUUAUUCUCCAUGGUCCUGCGGCACAGCCGGGCCCAGCUUAAGCCCCUUUGAGCCUGAGCCCCUCAAACCCACCCCAGCUCACUCCCAUUCCCACUCGGAGCGUCCGGAGCUAGACUGUAACGAAGGAGGACAAGGCGUUGUUAGCGGCACUGGGAAACGAUGGCUACACUCGUUGGAUCACUAUCGACGUUUGAAAGAAGAAGAUCCUAUUAUUCCCUUCAGUGAGGCGCCCAUUAUCUCAAAGUGGGGGGCCAUCUCUAGGGCAUCCCGCACAGGCUACCAUACCACCGACCCUGUACAAGCCACGGCCCGCCAGGGCAGCGCCAGCACCACGGCCAUAAACUUCAAAGAUUACAACCACCACUUUGAUCACAGUGACUAUAGGUGGAGCUCCAGAGGAUCAGACUCCUCUAGCCAUUCCAGUUUCCUUGAGAGUGAGCAUCUUUGUGCGUCGGAGCUGAAUGGCCGCCGGUCUUCGAUUAGCAGCGGAGAGAAAAUUGUGUCGGAGCAGCUUCAGGAUCAUCAGACCUCCUUCAGCCGGGAACCAAACCAAACGGAAAAUGAGUCCGAUCCGGAUCGAGACAUCGAGCUCGAACUGCGAGCUCUGGACAUGGAGGAUUCAGAACACCACGAGAUUAAGUCUCAGGAGGGUUUAGAUCGGCCCAGCCCUCAGUCUCAGGAUGCUUCCCACCUCCUCCCUCCUCCCUGCUCCUCUCCUCUGUGCCCCUCCCCUGUAGAGGAACGCAGCAAAUCAGAAAGCCUUCUGACUGAGAAAAUGGAUGCUCUCCAGCUAAAAAAGAUGGCUUUCAGGAAAUCUCUUUCUCCUAUUGGGCUGGGAUCAGGAGGUCUGGGCAUCAGGAAGCUCGUACUACGAACUGGACCUCAUCAACUGGGCGACACUUCCACCAAGGCUCAUCCAGAAACCCCUGGGACAGAGAUGCUGCUUAAUUAAAGCUAGAGCUGAUCUAGACCUGAAUCACAUUUCAAAGCAGAAUAUUCUACAACAGAGAAUAUUUUCUUUUUCCAUUUGAAAAGGUAAAGAUGUUUUUGACAUCUAACCGGUCACCUAAGAGAACCUUCAACAGGCCUUUCAGUGGUUAAAGUGGCUGAAGCCAGGUCUUCCAGAGCUACAUUUGUGGGACUAAAUUUAUAAUAAUCUCCAUUAAAGUCUCAGUUUUUUUACAGCAAAGCCAACAUUGCACCGUGGUUUCAGCACAUUUCUCAAUAUGUGGUUGCUUUUAGUGUGUGCCUUUGAAGACUUGCGUCCCAUAAAAGCAGACAUUGAUCAGUAUCUAAAAGCUGCUUUGUAGGAUUAUUCUUUUUUAAAUCUUAAAAGUUUAGACUGCUGCUUACCGCUUUUUUUUAUUGAUUUACUUAUAUUUUGUGUUUGCUCUCUCUGGGCAGCUUCAGGUGGUCAAAUUUAUACAUUUUGCAUCGUCUUUUAUGUUUUUGCAUCUUUGCAUCUUUUAAGGUGUUUCUUUUUUCUUUCAGUAAUAUGCCUUAUUAUAAACAAAAGGGAUAGAAAACAUAACAUUUCCUGCAAAAAAGACCACUUUAGGAAAUCCUAUCCAUCCACAGUUAAAAUCAUCUACAGGAACUCUUGUGUUUAAUUGUUCUUUGAGAUGACGAAAGUGUUAUUAACCAAUCAAAUCAAACAUUAUUUGCUAUCUCAACAUUCAAAUUUUACAGAUAGGGUUUUGAUCAGAAGUUUUUAUUUAUUUGAAGAUCCUGAUUCUGGUGCCUCAAUGAAUCCAUAGUUUUAUCCUCAUGCAUUUAAUUUACCCUCAAAGUGAUUUGAUCAGCUAACAGCCUGUAUAUUGUUCAGUUUGUAUUGAAUAGAAACCAAUUCUAUACAGAAAUAUAUACAGAAU